AUGACUUUGAAGAGGACGAGUUCUGCUGCUUUCUCCAUCUUCUUGAUCUUCUCUGCAUCCUUUCUCUUUCUGGUUGUUCCUCUCAAUGCCGCUCCAAGUAAAAUAUCAGCCGUUUAUGCUUUCGGCGACUCAACCCUUGACCCCGGCAACAACAACCAUCUCGGAACACUCUUCCGAGGUGAUCAUCCUCCCUAUGGACGUGACUUCCCCGGUCAGAUCGCAACCGGGAGGUUCACUGAUGGAAGGCUUAUGACUGAUUUCACGGUCUCUUCCUUGGGAAUCAAGGACCUCUUACCGGCCUACUUGGAUCCCCGAGUGUCCAAUCUAGACUUGCUCACAGGCGUUAGCUUUGCAUCGGCCGGCACCGGAAUAGAUGACUUGACAGCGACCAUCUCCAAUGUGGCUCACAUGUCGACCCAGUUGCACUACUUCGAGCAAUGCUUGGCUCGGAUGCAGAGUACCGUCGGGAGGGAGGCUGCCAGUCGCAUAGUGGAAGACGCUUUGUUUGCUAUCGGUAUCGGAACUAAUGACAUGAUAUUUAACUUCUACGAUCUACCAACGAGGAGGGGUCAGUUCUCGCUACCGGCAUACCAUGAUUUUCUGCUCCAUAACUUGGAGUCUUUCGUUAUGCGGCUUUACAGCAUGGGAGCACGAAGGUUCUCAAUAUCAGGACUGCCGCCGAUCGGGUGUCUGCCGGUGCAAGAGACGGCUGGAAGCAUCCUGCCAAUCCCCGGGGGCCAUAUGCUGCAAAGGGUUUGUAAUGAUGCAGAGAAUCAAGACUCACAGGCUUACAAUGCCAAGCUCCAGGCCCUAGUGUUGAGGUUGCAAGCUACGCUCCCUGGCACCCGGUUCGCGUACGUAGACAUCUACAAUCCAUUGCUGGACAUGAUCACCAACCCUGGGAAAUAUGGGUUUGUGGAAACAAGGCGAGGCUGCUGCGGUACGGGACUGGUGGAGAUGGGUGGUAUGUGCAACGCUGCUACGCCGGUGUGUCCAGAUCCCUCAAAAUUCGUGUUCUGGGAUGCCGUUCAUCCAACUCAAACCACUUACCAGAUCCUCGCCAACAUCUUUACAGCCACUGUUAUUCCCCAUCUUGUCAAUUAG